AUGCACACCAAUACCGACAUUUUGUUUUCUCUCACAUGUCUAUUUGUUUUGUUCAUUUCUCUCCAUGCAGCAAGCUCUAGCCCAAAACCGAACCCAUUGAUCCUUAACUGUGGCUCUUCAAAUGGUGGAACCGACACCGAUGGCCGGAAAUGGGAAUCCGAUUCGAAAUACCUCGUGUCUUCAGAUAAAUCCGUCAUGGCCAAGGCUGAUUUCCAAGACCCUUCACUCUCAUCUGAAAUACCCUACAUGAAUGCUAGAAUUUUUUCGGCGGAAACGACGUACAAAUUCGACGUUAAUUCGACUAGUCGGUAUUUUCUUAGACUCCAUUUCUAUCCAUCUUCUUACCCCAAUUUCAACAUCUCCAAUUCCUAUUUCUCUGUUAUGGCUGGUGGUGUCACCCUCUUGAAUAAUUUCAGUGCUUCAACAACAUGUGAAGCUCUAUCACAAGCUUACGUUAUCAAAGAAUAUUCUCUUGCGAGUCUAAAUUCUGAUGUUUUGAAUGUCACAUUCAAGCCUUCUGAUAAAUAUCCGGGUUCGUUUGCAUUUGUUAAUGGUAUUGAGGUCAUUCCAACGCCAGAAUUAUUUGAUGACGAUACUGAAUUAGUGGGUUUUGGUCUUGACGCAUCGAGUUCGGGGGAUGCCAGCACCAUCCAGGCCAGCAUUGCCAAUAUGCAAACAAUGUACAGAUUGAACGUUGGUGGACAAUAUAUUCCUGCGACAAACGACUCAGCCGGUCUUAUGCGAAGCUGGUACGACGAUUCGCCCUAUGUCUAUGGUGCUGCCACUGGUGUCACCUCUGAGGCGAAUAUGACAGUCGGGUACAAAGGUUUAUCACCUUCUAUAGCUCCACUUGAUGUGUACAAAACUAUGAGAUCACAGGGUCCUGAUCCGAAUGUCAACAAGAACUUUAACCUUACAUGGGUUUUCCAGGUUGAUGCCAAUUUCACCUAUCUUGUGAGAUUUCAUUUCUGUGACUAUCAGAUUGACAAGGCAAACCAGAGAGUUUUCCAGAUAUUCAUUAACAACCAAACAGCCAUAGAAACCGCAGACGUUUAUGGAUGGGUUGGUGAGAAAGCUGCUCCUAUGAAGAAAGACUAUGCCAUUUAUGUCAAUGAACAACCAGGAGAUGAAGAACUCUGGGUGGCACUUCAUCCCUCACCCGAUUUGUUGCCCGAAUUUUACGAUGUCAUUCUCAAUGGUUUGGAAGUGUUUAAGAUUGGUGACUCGAAAUCAAACCUGGCUGGUCCUAAUCCUGUGGUAUCAGAUAUGAUGAAGAAGCAAGAGCUAGCUAAUCAGGAAGCAAAGGCGUUCGCCCCGAAAAAAUCAUACACCAAGGAACUUAUAGGUGGAGCUGCAGGAGGAGCUGCUGCUUUUACUUUAGCUGCUGCUAUAUUCUUCGUGGCCUACAAUGCUAAGAAGAGAGUUGGUGGAUCGGACUCACGAACGUCUAGUUGGUUACCAAUCUAUGGGAAUUCACACACAACAGCUAGCAAAUCAACCAUAUCUGGGAAGAGCCAUGGUAGCACCACAAAUAUUUCAUCUGAUGCUGCGUGUAAUUGCCGAUACUUCUCCUUGGCAGAGAUCAAACAUGCCACCAAGAACUUCGACGAGUCUCAUGUUAUUGGUGUUGGUGGCUUUGGGAAGGUGUAUAGAGGUGUCAUUGAUGGAGAUACAAAAGUUGCAGUCAAAAGAUCAAACCCUUCUUCAGAACAAGGUGUUAAUGAGUUCCAGACUGAAAUAGAGAUGCUUGGAAAGUUAAGGCAUAGACAUUUAGUUUCUCUAAUUGGGUUCUGUGAGGAGGGUAAUGAGAUGGCUUUGGUUUAUGAUUACAUGGGACAUGGAACAAUGAGAGAACAUCUCUAUAAAGGAAACAAGAUCACUCUUUCCUGGAAGCAAAGGUUGGAGAUAUGUAUUGGGGCGGCUCGUGGACUCCAUUAUCUUCACACUGGUGCCAAGUACACCAUCAUUCACAGGGACGUGAAGACCACGAAUAUCCUCCUGGAUGAGAAGUGGGUUGCCAAGGUUUCGGAUUUCGGGCUCUCGAAAACAGGUCCUAACAUGAAUCAAGGCCAUGUUAGUACUGUGGUGAAGGGAAGUUUUGGCUAUUUAGAUCCUGAAUAUUUCAGGAGGCAACAAUUGACAGAGAAAUCCGAUGUGUACUCAUUUGGGGUUGUUCUUUUUGAGGCAUUGUGUGCAAGGCCAGCUCUCAAUCCAAGCCUUCCAAAGGAACAAGUCAGUCUAGCAGAUUGGGCACUGACUUGCCAGAGGAAAGGAGUACUUGGAGACAUUGUUGAUCCACACCUCAAAGGAAAGAUAAACCCCGAGUGUUUGAAGAAGUUCGCAGAAACAGCCGAGAAGUGUUUAGCUGACCAUGGAACUGAUCGUCCCUCUAUGGGUGAUGUGUUGUGGAACCUUGAAUUUGCUCUGCAAUUGCAAGAAAACCCAGAUGGACCUAAACCGGUUUCAAGGGGAGGCGAAAGCAUGGACUACGAUAACUUUGAACAAAUCGACCACAACAGUUUCUUGGCAAUGCAUAGGAGCACCCUAAGCCUUGGAAGUGAACAAGACACGACUGAGCAGCAAUCAACAGAUGAUAAUGGUAACGAUAUCUUCUCCCAGAUUGUUAAUCCGAAGGGGCGGUGA